CUCUGCAUCCCUCCCUGCCUCCUGUUGUCUUCCCCUCUCCUCAUCCCUGCUGCUUUUUUUUUUUGUGGUGGUUUGGAGUCACACGUCUGUCUGAUAAAUGGCAGCACUGAAGAUGGACGUGACCUGACGUCCUUCUUCACCAGCACCUCUGUUGUUACUCUGCUUGGCUUUGCUUCUUCUCGUCUCUUUUGUUUGAACCCGACUGAGCCGUCUGCACUGUGGUACCCUUAAAAGAAGCAGGGGGAGGGCAGAACUGAGCAGCAGCUGAGUCUGAAGUGGGCUCACCGUAGCUUGGACCUCGAUGUGCUUAUUGUCAACAAGGAGACACUUCAGCCGGCGACAGCAGCAGCAGCAGCCAGCGCUCGGCGGAGACUCGUGAAUUUUACUGUGCAUCUUUCAAAUGGGGUAAAUCUGUUUUUAUGGGUGCAGUCACACCAGCAGAUAGUGUGAUUUUUUUUUUUUUGGAAAACCUGCCCUGUUCUUUGCUUUUUUUGUGAUUGGUGUUGUCUUGAUGUUUGCUGUGAGGAGAUACUUUCACGGCAGCACUGUGGUCAGAAUCAAGAGCAUCAAGUUGCACCAAUCUGAUCCAUUGGGGUAACGAGACACCAAACCAGGAGAGUGUCAGCACUCAAACCCACAACCAAUCAGCUGCUGUGGCCUUCUGGGUUUGAACCAGGAUUAAAAGCAAAGGGACGCAUCCACCAAUUGAUACAGGGAGGUAAAAAAAGAAAAACCCAGAUCGGUUUCAUCCUGGAUGUCUGGAAUGUGCCGCUGGUGAUGCUCUACUGAUUGUGUACCUGCAGCCUGCCACAGGUGCCUGCACAGCAAUCUUCUACUCAAUAAUGCAGUAACUCAAACUCUGCAAUGAAGAGAUGGAGAAAGUGCAUGUGAGCCUCUUCCUUUCAAAGGGUGGAUGAAGGAGCGAGUGAUUACAUUUGCACGGCUCUGAAGGGUCAUCAGAGAGGAAAUGGACACAUAAGAAGACUUUUGAUGGACACGUGAAUAAAUACUGGAACUUUGAACUUGGUUGCAGCGGAUGGAAGCGGAACAAGCAGUCUGAGAACUUGGAAGCAACGUCCUCCUCAUCAUGGUCAACACGGGCAUGCAGCUGAUCAGCUUCACCUGCGCGGUGACGGGUUGGAUCAUGGCCAUCGCGGUGACAGCGCUGCCUCAGUGGAAGGUCUCGGCCUUCAUCGGCAACAACAUCCUGACCUCGGAGAUCAAGUGGGAAGGCAUCUGGAUGAACUGCGUCUACCAGACCACCGGCCACAUGCAGUGUAAGACGUACGACUCCAUGCUGGCUUUGCCGCCGGACAUCCAGGCGGCCCGUGCCCUCAUGUGUUUGGCCAUCUUCAUGGGUUGGCUCUCCUGCACAGUGUCCUGCUGCGGCAUGAAGUGCACAACCUGCGCCGGGGACGACCGACGCGCCAAGGCGGGUAUCGCGCUCGCAGGCGGGAUUCUCUUCAUUCUGACGGGCCUGUGUGUGCUGGUUCCCAUUUCAUGGACUGCCAACACGGUCAUCCAAGACUUUUACAACCCCAUCGUGCCGAUGAUGCACAAACGCGAGCUGGGUCAGGCUAUUUAUCUGGGCUGGGCCGCUGCAGUUAUUCUAAUGAUCAGCGGGGCUGUACUGAGCAGCACCUGCCCCCUCAUGGAGAAGGGUGGCAGGUACAGCCGGGGAUACAUCGGCCGCAGCUUCGCAAAUUCACCACCAUCAGCCCCAGAUUUCCCCAAACCAAUCACAUCCAACAAUCUACCGCUGAAGGAGUACGUGUAGGAAGGG